GAGCUGCGCGCGAAGGGACAGCAGUCGCCUCUGAUGCGCUCGAGCGGGCUGGACGCGCGGCUUCAUGCGGCCAAAGCGCUUUGGUCUUCUCUCGGCUUUGCUUCGGACGGAGCGACUUACUUUCCUUAACAUGCGCGAGAAGGGGCUUUUCGGCGCUGCGGUGCUGCUCGCCACCCUGCUCUGCUCGGGGAGGUCUCGGGGGCACGGGUUCGAGCACUCCGCCGCCUUGGACGCCGGUGGGAGAUACGUGGUCAAGUGGAGGUUUGACGAGACGAGCAUCACGUUUGAAAUCGAGGCGGAAACGAGGGGCUACAUUGGCUUUGGCUUGUCUCCAAACGGAGCCAUGGCUUCAGCUGAUCUUGUGAUAGGAGGUGUUGCCAAUGGGAUACCUUACCUCCACGACUACUUUGCAGAUAGCAGCAGAGUGGUCCAUAAAGACCCGGUGCAGAGCUACAAGCUGCUGUAUGGGAAAGAGAAUUACACACACACUGUGUUGGCCUUCAGCAGAGACCUGCAGACCUGCGAUCCCAAAGACAGAGCCAUCACGAGUGGUACGAUGCGGGUGAUCUGGGCGCUCCACAAUGAAGAUGUGGGGCCUUCAGGGCCGGCUUACCAUGGCAUAAACAGAGGGAGGAAGAGCUUACGCUUUCUAAACCCUGGAACCAGCAGAAAGGUUUCCCCUGAAACAGCCACCUUUGACCUGCUAAACGUUAACGUUCCAGUACCUGACAAGGACACGACGUACUGGUGUCAAAUGUUUAAAAUGCCAGAGGUGCAAAAGAAGCAUCAUAUUAUCAGAAUCGAGCCGCUGAUCCAGAAAGGCCAUGAGAAUCUGGUGCACCACAUUCUGCUGUACCAGUGUGAUAGUUCACUGAAUGAGAGCGAACUGGACAUGGGCCACGAGUGCUUCCAUCCCAACAUGCCCGACUCCUUCACUACCUGUGAAACUGUCAUCUUCGCUUGGGCUAUUGGUGGGGAGGGGUUCACUUAUCCGAUACAUGUGGGAAUGUCAAUAGGAACAGAUGUUGAUCCAGUCUACGUGCUGAUGGAGGUGCACUAUGACAAUCCAGCCUUACAGACAGAAGUGGUGGAUAGCUCUGGCUUGCGUUUGUACUACACCCCCAGGCUGCGGACCUACGAUGCAGGGGUGAUUGAAACAGGUGUGUGGGUCAGCCUUUACCACAUGCUGCCUCCCGGCAUGCAGGACUACAUCACUGAGGGACACUGCACUCAGGAGUGCCUGCAGGAGUCUCUAGACAGUGAGAUGCCCAGUGGUGUGUGGGUGUUUGCGGUUCUUCUCCAUGCUCACCUGGCAGGCAGGGCUAUCAGGACCAGACACUUUCGUGAGCAGGUCGAACUGCCUCCUCUGGCCUCAGACGACCAGUUCGACUUCAACUUUCAAGAGUUCCAGCCUCUCAGCCCCGAGCAGCUGAUUUUGCCUGGGGACUCUCUAAUCACUGAAUGCAUGUAUAACACGAAAGACAGGCAGAACAUGACUUGGGGCGGUUUGAGUACAAGAGAUGAGAUGUGCUUAUCUUACCUACUGUACUACCCAAGAGUUAACCUUGCCAGGUGUGAGAGCCUUCCAGAAAUCACUGGUCAGCUCAAAUUCAUUGGAGUUAAACAAAUUCAGAGCCCUCUUACCACCUGGCCUUUUGUGAUAAAGAGUCCAAAGAGAUACAGCAACCUCUCUUUCACUGAAGCCAUGGACAAGUUCCGAUGGACCAAGAAGAGAGCAAAGGCCUUCAAUGAAGUCGUGCUGAAUCUCCCUAUGAAUGUGCGCUGCUCCAAGAUAGGCCUGGACGAGUGGUCGACUCAAGGCAUGAUUGUGUCUCCACCAAAGCCCAAAUCAGUGCGUCCUCCUGUUGUUGCCAUGUGCAUGAAUGGCUCUGAAUCUCAGUGCCAUUGUAUAAUCUCUUAUAUCCUCAUCACAGCUCUUAUGGUACUACUGCAUUUUAACUCACAGCUCUAACUUCCAUGCCUAUCACUCUUACCGAAGACUCAACAAAGAUCUGUUCCUACUCCCAGCAUAAAGUCUGCAACACUCUCUUCACUUUUUGAUACUUCUUCAGAAGCAAACUCAAAGCUCCAGAGCAAACUUUGUCACCAUGUAUGCGAACAUACUGACUGAUUCACCCAAAUUUAACAAGACGCCACAUGAGUCAUCCCAGUUGCACUCCUCCCUUUUUAACAAAGAGCCAUUUCUAUGUUUCAAUUGCACUACAAAGCAUUGUUUGAUUUAUCACGUAUGUCUCCAUGUCGCUGGAAGCUCACAAAGACUGCAGCUGUAUCUCAGCAGAGCUUUUUCAUUCUUGUACUCCAUCCUGAGUGAAGUGAGCGGGGAGCGUCAGUGUGCUUAGCCACAGCACCAUUUGGGAUUUGACUAUAUUAGUUUCACAGCUAACCCUGAAUACAUUCACAGAUGAUAGUUUUGCUGUGUUUUACUGUAAAGAUCAAAGUGGUCUAGUUUCAAAUAUCAUUAAAAACACCAUCUAAAACUUCUAGUGAGCAAUGUUUGGGCCCACAUCAUCAUCCUUGACCAAUGCACUCUGCACUCGUCAUGUGUCUAAUAUACAACUCAAGCGAGAAUGACCCCAAAUGCUUGUUAUUUAUGCACUAAUAAAUUUCAUGGCACAUGUUGAAAGCCACUGUAAAGAAUUUAAACAACCAGAGCUUUAGUGACAAAUGUCAAAUAUUCUCAGUUAGUCUCAAAAGGGACUUUACUGCUGAUUUAUCUAUAUUUCUGCAUAAAUCAAUAGGUAAGAUAUAAAUAAAGUCAUUUAGAGUGGUUUCAUGUGAAAUACAUGAUUCUACAGAAACUUACAGAAGGAGAAUUGUUCACAACAGUGCUGGUGAGGAGAACCAGAUGUCUGAAUAGCUUAAUGCCUCUAAAAGCUAAAUCCAAAAAAUUGAAAUAGUUAUGAAUAUGCUGCCUGAUGCCUAUGAUAUUGUUUUGCAAUAGUUUGAUUAAAGAAUAGUUUGGCCUGAAUUGUAUUUUUCAAAAACCAUAUUGGGAAAAGGUACCUGUAGGGUGUUGUAAGGUAAAGUACUGCUUAAAUACUCUUUUUUUUCAGAUUUAUUCAUAUUUUAUUACUAUCAAAAUUACACAUAAACUCAUGUAGCUCUGGUGGUCAUUUUGGGCAGUAAAAAAACAUCAUUUUGCAUUGUAGACAUUGUUUUCCUAUCACCACCACAGUAAGGAACUGAUAAAACUUUAUUUGUCUACUAAUAAAUUAAAUGUUUUAAUUAAAUAUUAAAUGUCUACUUCUUAGAAACCCACUAAUAAUCAGCCAGCAAAUUAAUGAUGUCCUUGUAAAUAGAAAUGCAAAAUUUGUAUACAAGCUUAGAAAUAUGUUAUACAUGUGCUUAUAUAUUGGCCACCUCUAAUAAGCAAUUCACUAUUUGUUGACUAAUGAGUAAAAUAUUAACUAAUUGCAAUCUUUCAAUUGAAAUGAUAUUAAUGAAGAAGUAUGAAGAAGAAAUAAUGUUCUGAAUUUACAGUAACCAAACAGGGUAGUAAAUUCUACUAAAUGGCCAUGUUUCAUAAACUGCAGCUGAUUGAACACUAAUUUUACAGUAAUGUGUAAUAUGAUUUAACAAUAUAGUGGUGGAAAAUAUGGCAAUAAAUGAAAACAUAUAAAAUUACAAUACCUCAAGUAAUUUUUUACAAUGCACAAUAUGUCGCUAUGCUCACUUUUUCAGACAACUAAACAGUUGGAACUGAGAAAAAAGAAGCAGUAUUGUUACAUUAUAAAAAGCAUUACCAAUAACCCUGAAUAUAAUGAUUUUAUGAAACAUUUGGUAAUACAUUGUUGCUGUAAAUCCAGUUAAACAGGACUAAUUUUGCUCUAUCCAUAACCAAACAUGCAGGUAGUUAGUGUUCUCCAACUACAGAUGAUAUCCAUGAUGUGUUCAGAAAAACAUUGUUUUGUAUUUUGACAUAAUUUGUCAUAUUGUUCAGCCCCAUUACAAUAACAAUGUUUUCUUAAAUUACAGUAUUUCAUUGGAUUUUGCUGUAAAGACUGGGGGCUAAUAUAGCAUGGAUAUGUUAUUUGUCAGCACUUAGUAGGCAGUGGCUAUUCAGAAUUCAAAACUCAAGACUUCAAAAUUCAUUAAUGAAGAUUUUUUCAAAUAUUUUUAUACUCCCCUACAUUUUAUAUACCCCAUCAUUCAGCAUACCCCUGGAACUACCCAUACCCCAAUUCUGCUCUAAAAUUACCCAUGCCACACCAAAGCACUCUGAAUGACUUUGCUUAUAUCACAUUGAUCAAGCUCUUUAUAGAUUUAUUAGACAGAAAAAUCGAUGGAAUUCUCUUUCAACUUCAUAUCUGAGAGCAUCGUUUAACAAGAUUCUAACAUUAUAUUUCAAAGAACCAUAACUACUAUUUUAAACCCUGAAGCGUGAUCUUCUGCACAGACUCACAAAUCUGAAGCUAGGCACAAAGUUGGGACUUCUCGUGAAAUCCUAAAUGUGUUUCUUAUAAAAGAAAUGCUGGCAUUCUAUCAAAAAAUAUGUAACUUUUUAUAUUUUGUGUGAU